AUGAUUUCCCAAAGGGCUCUCGCCGUGGUUGCGGCAAUCUCAUGCCUCGCCUCGCCAGCGUUUGCUUUUGAUGCCCAGUCAAAGUCUAACGUUGCUGUCUAUUACGGUCAAGGGUACGAACAGCCUCGCCUGAGAGAAAUCUGUCAAGAUGCCUCGGUAGACAUCAUUAACCUGGGAUUCAUCAAUGUAUUCCCCGGUCAGGGUGCCGGCGGAUGGCCUGGCAGUAAUUUUGCCAAUCAGUGUGAUGGCAAGACUUAUGAGAUUGGUGGAGUCAAAACGCACCUGCUUUCUGGCUGCCAUCAAUUGGUAGAGGACAUUCCUCUUUGCCAGGCAGCGGGAAAGAAAGUUCUGCUGUCGCUAGGAGGCGCAAGUCCAGAUACCCAACGGAUCCUGUCUGAAACGGAUGCGCUUCUAUUUACCGACUUUCUUUGGGGAGCCUUUGGACCUAUUGAUGAUGCGUGGGUGGCCAUGGAUGGUCCUCGUCCUUUCGGUGAUGUUGUUGUUGAUGGAUUUGACUUUGAUAUCGAGCACAACGGUGGUUUUGGCUACGCCACCAUGAUCGAUCGGUUCCGGGAACACUUCGAUCUUAUCCCUGACCGUACCUUUUACAUCUCUGGCGCACCCCAGUGCUCAAUCCCCGACCAACAAUUAGGCCUCGCAAUUGCCGCGUCUGUCUUUGACUUUGUCUGGGUCCAGUUCUAUAACACGGCAGGAUGCUCUGCCCGGGACUUUUUCAACGUUGCCGGAAACGGCAAAGGCGGCUUCAGCUAUGAUGCAUGGGUCAACGUCAUCAAGAACGGGCGCAAUCGCGCGGCGAAGUUGUAUAUUGGACUUCCGGCCAGCGAGAGUGCUGCCAAACCGGGAUACUAUCUCACUCCUGAAGAGGUCGACGUUCUGGUUGCACGGUACAUGGGUCGUUAUCCGGAUACCUUCGGUGGCAUCAUGCUUUGGGAGGCCACUGCAUCGGAGCGAAACCAGAUCGACGGAGCUGCCUAUGCCGAGCAUAUGAAGAACAUCCUAGUCCAACGCGAUCCUGCGCAUCCCACUCCAACUGCGGUCCCUUCCAGCACCAUCCCCGUCACAUCCAGCAGACCUAUCUCCUCGGGGACAACGUCUACUUCAAUCAUUGUGUCACCAACUACCUCCUCUGUUGCCACCACAUCGCCGUCGCAUACCAGCCGCUCGAGCUCCUAUCCCAGUCCGUCGGCCACCACGAAAGUGACCAGCACGCUUACUCCCUCGAGGUCCCCGGUCACUUCCGGAAGACCCAGCCCAUCGACCUCGCCGGUUACGUCUCGGACAAGGUCCACCCCCGUGAUACGCACGUCGACAGUCUCGACCAUCACCAGCCAUUCUAGCAGCUCGGUGCCGUCUAGAACGCCCACGUCGCACCACCCAAGCCCGUCAACCAGUGUGAUCGCUUCUAGUACUCGAGUCUCUUCCAGCUCGCAUAUUAGUUCGGGACGGCCCAGUUCGUCGACUUGGGCCUCCACAGUGUCUUCUACCAUCUCGCGCACCUCCCAGGCCACUACAUUGAGCCCGUCAGGGAAACUUCCUAGCAGCAACGGCCAAUCAAAUACUAUUCCAUCGCAGGGAGCCACCGCUUCGUCCUCAAAUGAGACCGGCAAGCCAACGGGAUCGUCCACCGGCACGGCAUCUCAUCAUGGAAGCGGCACCAUCACAAUGCCCCCUGGCGUCACGGAUGGGCCUCAGACAACGGCUCCGGCUAACCCCAACGGCUCCAGUUCUGGGGGCGUCACCAUCACGACCGUGAUUGUCACUUCGUACACCAGCAUCUGCCCGACAGGAUUCACCACGAUUACCACGACUUACACGACAACGUACUGUCCUGGAACGAUCCCGGCCACGGCCACGGUUACCAAUCCUCCUCCGGGGUCAGCACAGACGACGGCUCCCAGCCCGCCAGAGGGAUGGACCACGACGGUGACUGUUUGCACGCAAUGCGCGGCAACCCCUACCACGGUGACUCUCACCGUGCCAGUCACUGCCACCGUGACCAACCGUCCCUCUGCCCCCGAAUCGCAGACCAACGCUGCUGCUGCUCCUCCACCGGCGGGAUGGACCACAACGGUGACGGUGUGCACUCGAUGCGGACCAUCGCCUACCACGUUGACUCUCACCGUGCCCGUCAGUGCGGCGACCGAGACCGUACCUGGAUCUGGCCCGUCGGUCGGCACUGGUCCAGAAGGGGGCGCCGGCACCCCUUCCAACCUGGAUACCACCAACACCCAUUAUCUACCUCCUGCGCCCACCCGGUCCCCUAUCUUUGGGACUGGGAACGCUCAUCCUCGCCCUUCGACUUCGACCUUGUUUGUGCAGCCGUCGCCCAGUGAAUCGCGGGUGCCGGUCGCUCCGAGUACAACGUCAGAGUAUCCGGCGCCCAUGUUCACCGGCGCAGCACCGCGCCAGGCUAGACUCAGCCACGCGGCCGGCGCCUUGUUAGUUGUGGCUCUGCCCGUGCUCAUGAUGAUGUGA